AUGUCACCUCCAUUGAACACCAAACCAGCAUCCUCAGGUGCAGAACUCAUUGCCACAACACUCAAACAUCAAGGUGUCAAGGUGAUCUUUGGCAUUGUCGGCAUUCCUGUCAUUGAAGUAGCCGAAGCUUGCAUAGCAGCUGGUAUUCGGUUUCUCGCUUUCCGCAACGAGCAGUCAGCAGCCUAUGCAGCAUCAGCCUAUGGGUAUUUGAGUGGUCAGCCUGGUGUAUGCUUGACUGUAGGUGGCCCCGGUGUCAUCCAUGCACUUGCCGGUUUAGCCAAUGCCAAGGUCAACUGUUGGCCGAUGGUGCUAUUAGCUGGUUCUUCUGAUACCGAUCAAGUGGAUAUGGGCGCUUUUCAAGAACUCGAUCAAGUGGAAGCAUGUCGUCCUUAUUGCAAGUACGCAGCACGUCCCAUGUCAGUGGAUAAGAUCCCUACCACAAUUGAAAAGGCAUUGCGUACAGCUUUUUAUGGUCGUCCUGGUGCUACCUAUGUUGACUUGCCAGCGGAUUUCAUCCAAUAUCCAAUUCAAGAUGCCAACAAAAUGAACACUCUCGUGCAAAGCGUACCCGCCAUUCCAUCCAUAGCACCUCGUUCAGUAGCUGAUGAUACAAGCCUCCAACAAGCAGCUCAAUGGUUACGUCAAGCAAAAAGCCCAUUGAUCGUUGUGGGUAAAGGUGCUGCUUAUGCUCGUGCAGAAUCUGAAAUCCGUCAACUUGUUGAACGUACACAAAUCCCAUUCUUGCCAACGCCUAUGGGCAAAGGUGUUGUAUCCGACACGCAUCCAUUAUGUGUAUCAGCUGCAAGAUCCAAGGCUCUCAAGAAUGCCGAUGUCGUUUUACUUCUUGGUGCACGUCUUAAUUGGAUCCUUCAUUAUGGUCAUUCGCCACGUUGGACAAAUGGUGUGAAGUUUAUUCAAGUGGAUGUCAUGCCUGAGGAAAUUGGAAACAACGCUGCACACACAUUGCCAUUGGCUGGUGAUAUCCAAGCAACCGUUGCUCAGCUACUAGCACGCCACCCACUUCCCCGAUUACCCAGCACCAACCAAUACGUUUCGGAUUUGAAGAACAAGGUCAAGCAAAAUGUCGAGAAAUCACUCGCUGCUCGGCAACAAGGAUCGGAUACGGCCGUCCUCAACUAUAAAACAGCAUACACCGUUAUCAAGGAUAUCUUGCCUGAGGAUGACGUGGUGUAUAUCAGUGAAGGUGCUAAUACGAUGGACAUUGCCCGUUCGUUCUUUGAUGUGCAUGAACCUCGUCGUCGAUUGGAUGCUGGUACCUUUGCAACAAUGGGUGUAGGCAUGGGAUACGCAAUUGCAGCUCAAGCUUAUUAUCCAAACAAGCGCGUGGUGUCCAUUGUGGGUGAUUCAGCUUUUGGAUUCAGUGCUAUGGAACUUGAGACGGCUGUGCGCUCUAAGCUCCCUAUGAUUAUCCUCGUGAUCAACAACAAUGGUAUCUACCACGGCUUGGAUGCUGACGACUUUGAGCAAUCUCGACGUGACGGCAAUCUCCCCUCAACGGCCUUAUUACCAGAUACACGUUAUGAUCAGCUGUCGGUUGCAUUUGGUGGCAAGGGAUGGUUGGUGAAAAAUCGAGUCGAGCUGGCCAAAGCAUUGAAGGAAGCCAUGGCUGUGAAGGAUAACGCUUGCGUGAUCAAUGUCAUGAUUGCUCCAGGAGGUCGAACAAAGUUGGAAUUCGGAUGGAUGAGCAAAGCAGAUACCAAAUCCAAGCUUUAG